AUGUAUUUGCAGAGCAGAGCAGAGCAAAACAGAGCACAGCAGAGCAGAGCAGAGCAAAGCAAAGCACAGCAGAGCAGAGCAGAGCAAAGCACAGCAGAGCAGAGCAGAGCAAAGUUGAGCAAAGCAGAGCAAAGCAGAGCAGAGUAGAGUAGAGUAGAGCAGAGCAAAGCAAAGCACAGCAGAGUAGAGCAGAGCAGAGUAGAGCAGAACAGAGCAGAGCAAAGCAAAGCACAGCAGAGUAGAGCAGAGCAGAGCAGAGCAGAGCAGAGCAGAGUAGAGCAGAACAGAGCAGAGCAAAGCAAAGCAAAGCACAGCAGAGCAGAGCAGAGCAGAAGCAGAACAGAGCAGAACAGAGCAGAGCAAAGCAGAGCAGAGCAAAACAGAGCAGAGCAGAGUAGAGCAGAACAGAGCAGAGAAGAGCAAAGCAAAGCACAUCAGAGUAGAGCAGAGCAGAGCAAAACAAAGCAGAGCAGAGUAGAGCAGAACAGAGCAGAGAAGAGCAAAGCACAGCAGAGUAGAGCAGAGCAGAGUAGAGCAGAACAGAGCAGAGCAGAGCAGAGCAAAGCAAAGCACAGCAGAGCAGAGCAGAGCAAAGUUGAGCAAAGCAGAGCAAAGCUAAGCAAAGCACAGCAGAGCAGAGCAGAGCAAACACAGCAGAGUAGAGCAGAGCAGAGUAGAGCAAAGCAGAGCAGAGAAAAACAGAGCAGAGCAGAGCAAAGCAGAGCAGAGCAAAACAGAGCAGAGCAGAGUAGAGCAGAACAGAGCAGAGAAGAGCAAAGCAAAGCACAGCAGAGUAGAGCAGAGCAGAGCAAAACAGAGCAGAGCAGAGUAGAGCAGAACAGAGCAGAGAAGAGCAAAGCAAAGCACAGCAGAGUAGAGCAGAGCAGAGUAGAGCAGAACAGAGCAGAGCAGAGCAGAGCAAAGCAAAGCACAGCAGAGCAGAGCAGAGCAAAGUUGAGCAAAGCAGAGCAAAGCAAAGCAAAGCACAGCAGAGCAGAGCAGAGCAAAGUUGAUCAAAGCAGAGCAGAGUAG